AUAUAAAGCAAUAUUUACACAAGGGCGGCGUUAAUGUUAGUGAUGACGUUACGAGGCAGGUCUUGAUCAAACCCACCAAUGAGACGAGCGAGCUCGGUUCUUUUGGGGAACAUCGCAAUGAAUGGGUGUCGGUGCCUUACAAGGGAAAGAGGCAACCACAACAAGACGCGGAUAUUGAGGGGAUGCGGCAUCGAUACGCGGGAGCUGUCCACCAGCACCAGACAGACGACACGGACGAUCGUGACUGCCCGAGCAUUUCAGCGCGCUUUCAGGAGGAAGAACCUCGUCCGGUGGCCCCUCUCUUUAGCCUGCCGCCCCCACCUCCAUCCAUAAAGGAGCGUCCCACCUCCUCGAAUCAGAGCCGACAUGCACUGUCUUGUCCGGAGCGCAUCACCAGAAAAGGUGUCCGCGACUGUGAACCGCAGCACAGCGAGUGCGUGCUUUUGACCGGUCACAGCAUCCACGCGCAGGGAAAGCACGGUGACCGUCAGACGCCUUAUUAUAACCAGGACUUUCGAGGGGCCUCAACCGGCUAUCAGUGUCAUUCCGAGGGGCUCUCGCAGAGCCGUCACUGCAGCCAUUCUCCUCAGCACAAAUCUUUCGUUUCCCCGCAGCCCUCCCCAUCUGAUCUGCUGCUGCUGCUGCCCCCGCCGCCUUUGCCUUCGCGCAUUUCCAAUACGCGGGAUAGUCGCCAAACGAUUGCUAAUUACAACCAAGAAAUCGCACAGCAUUGCGUCGGGGAGGGGGGGCGUCGAGACCAAAACCAGUUGCUGCAGCAACCCUGUUAUAAUCAAACAGGGGAUCGUCAACAAAGGGACCCCUCCUUCGAGCUACUCUUUCCAAACUCUGGUCAAGGACAGCUAGACGCAUGUGAGGAAAAUAGACGAUUAAUUGAGCCCCAGGCUCCAUUGCGGGCUCAACGACAAUUACUGCUGGGCAGUAGCUUGCCUAUCAACUACUGCAUCGGCGGAUCGGGCGAAGUGUGCGGAAAUAACCAGGCGCUGUUGCAGCAACAGCAUCAGCAGCAGCAGGCAGACGCGCAGAAGCACAGCCUCCAGUGGCAACAGAGUGACCGAGACGCCAGGUACCAGGAGAGCAAAAUCGCACUCUGUCAACCAGAGCAGCAGCAUCAUGAAGCGCAAAAUGAACGCUCGUUGGUGAGGAACUCGUCGGUCUCCAGUAGUGAAAAUAGCAGUCCCCCGUACGGCUCAAGCAGUCAACUGUGGCCAGAGCCCCACGACAAGGAGGAACGGAAAAACCGAACGGGCAAACAUAAGGCACAUGCUGAGCGAACAAAGCUGAGCCAUGCUGGAUCCGAGCCCUCCCUCUCCGAGAGCAGUCACUCACUCCCUCAGAUAGCCAUGAACAGUUGCAAGUACAAUGGAGGAGUGGUAAGACCGCUGGGCAGCCUGGCGGCGUCACGACGCAACCUAGCAGAGCAUGACUCUGAGACCCAGCCGCUCCAGACUCUUCACAGCUCCGGCCUGGAAGUGGUCGUCUCCAAGGGCGGCGGCGGCGAGGACCCCAGCAAAGCGUCCAAUGAGAGCUUGGUCAGAGAGAGCGGCACUGCACCACAGAAGAAAAAUAAAGAUAUUGGCUACAAGUUGGGCCACAGGAGGGCUCUUUUUGAGAAGCGCAAGCGGCUUAGUGACUAUGCCCUGAUAUUUGGUAUGUUUGGAAUCGUUGUAAUGGUAACAGAGACGGAACUCUCCUGGGGGGUUUACACUAAGGAAUCUUCAUAUUCAUUUGCACUGAAAUGCCUUAUCAGCCUUUCCACUGUUAUUUUGCUUGGUCUUAUAAUAAUGUACCACGCUCGGGAAAUACAGCUGUUCAUGGUGGACAACGGGGCGGACGACUGGAGGAUAGCCAUGACGUACGAGCGUAUUUUCUUCAUAGUACUAGAGCUGCUGGUGUGUGCCAUUCACCCAAUCCCGGGCCAUUAUGUCUUCACGUGGACAGCCCGGCUGGCCUUCACCUACGUGCCCUCUGUGGCCGACGCCGACGUAGACAUCAUCCUUUCCAUCCCCAUGUUCCUCCGCCUCUACCUGAUUGGCCGGGUCAUGCUCCUCCAUAGCAAGCUAUUCACCGACGCGUCUUCGCGUAGUAUAGGUGCCCUCAACAAGAUCAACUUCAACACACGCUUCGUCAUGAAAACCCUCAUGACCAUCUGCCCUGGCACCGUGCUGCUGGUCUUCAGUAUCUCCUCGUGGAUCAUCGCAGCCUGGACUGUUCGGGUCUGUGAGAGGUAUCAUGACAAACAGGAAGUCACAAGUAACUUUCUUGGGGCUAUGUGGCUGAUUUCCAUAACUUUCCUAUCAAUUGGCUAUGGAGAUAUGGUCCCUCAUACGUACUGUGGAAAAGGGGUCUGUCUUCUCACAGGAAUCAUGGGAGCUGGCUGCACUGCCCUUGUAGUCGCAGUGGUAGCCAGAAAGUUAGAACUGACGAAGGCCGAAAAGCACGUCCACAAUUUCAUGAUGGACACCCAACUUUGUAAACGAGUAAAGAACACAGCUGCCAAUGUACUCAGGGAAACAUGGCUCAUCUACAAACACACCAAAUUAGUGAAGAAGAUAGAUCAUGCCAAAGUGCGCAAACAUCAGCGCAAGUUCUUACAGGCCAUUCACCAGCUCCGCAGUGUGAAAAUGGAGCAGAGGAAACUUCACGACCAGGCCAACACUCUGGUGGACUUGGCCAAGACACAGAAUGUGAUGUACGACCUGGUGUCGGAGCUGCAGGAGCGCAGCGAGGAGCUGGACAAGCGCAUUGGCACACUGGAGGACAAGCUGGACGCCGUCACCGGCAGCCUACAGGCUCUACCCUGUCUGAUCUCCCAAGCCAUAACUCAGCAGCAGCAGGACCUCCUGGACGGCUUCGUGCACCGCUUCCGCCCCGCUUCGCUAGGCUCGGAGCGAUCCUGGACCCCCUCCAGACGGCGCCGCUCCCCCUCCACUGCCCCACACACUUCCUCCGACAGCGGCUAACACUGGCUCGGACCUGCUCGUCGCUUCCAAAGCUCUAAGACUUGUUCACGUAAGCUGAUCGGACCGAGACCGGGGACUCGUAUUAAUAACAAGUAGAGAAGAAUUAUCAAAUUAGUAGGUAUAUGGUUUAUGUUUAGCCAUUGUAUGGCUGUUCAAGUUAGCUUUUUUGUAAAGCCCUCAUAUAUUUACAAGACUAAGUUCAGCAAGCUGGAGUGAGUCCGGGAAACUGGUCCUUAGAACUCGAGAUCACAAGCAACCCCUGCCAGAGUGAACCAAUGCACAACAUGGAGGAGCGACGCACCCACAGAUUCAUUGGUUCUGUAAGACUCUACCUGCAUGCCAGGAUGGGCACCAAGAGCACCUCCUGGUGCCCUGUGAUCACUUCAGUGUUGAGCUGGAGAGGAAGGAGCACACGACCUUACUACUGAGUAGAAUAAUGCAGGAAUGCCAACUUAAGGGUUCAGUUCCCUUGCUCCUUUAAGGGACAUUGGGUGCAACGAACCUUUUUUAAGUUACAUAUUGGCAUGUUAUUUUUUCCAGUGCCUGAAUGUAUAGAUUGUGGAGGGUUGUUCAUUUUCAAAUUUCGGAGCGAGUUUUUGUACGAUGUUGACACAAGCAUUGCAUUCCUUUUUCAGAUACAUUCCUCUAUAAGACAUUCAAACUAGUUUGUCUUAGCAAAUACCAUCAAUUCUGUCGCAGUCUUCUCUUACUUUCCACAGCCUUUCAAUACUUCCACCAGUUACGAAAGAAAGCAAAGAGAGAGAGAGAGAGAGAGAGAGAGAGAGAAGAGAGAAGGUUUUAGGGAAUCAUACUCAAGAUGGGAAGGUAACAUGUUAAUUUAAACGAAAUCUGAGCUUCCAAGUCUUCAUGUUUAAGAGAGGCUGCAUUUUAGAAUUGACAUUGCUAAAUGCUGUGGUAGGCACAAAUGUAUGACAGAAGUGAGAUUUAAACCUUGCAUGUUUCAGUGCAACUGUAACGAAUGGAUUGUGGGUGGUUUUUCGAAUGUAUGCGUGUCUUUUUCGUUUUCAUUUAUUUUUUACAGAGAUUCCUUGGAUAGUAUUUUUAGAGCUGCAAAUAUAGAGGUGCAGUAAUGUGGUAAUGUUUGUUAAAUGCAUUCCUUGUUCUACCUAUAAAUUAAAUCUUCUACAAAGAGAUUAAAGAAUCCGUAAGAAGUAGGAUGAACAACAAAUCACGAAAGAUAUUUUAAGAUCUUCAUUAAGAGAAUUUAUCUGAUAGACGCAAUGUUUAUGGAGACAUUAUUGAGGCUCACAUUUGCACUUUUCAGAAUAUACCGUUAAGGCAGCUUAGAGUUAAAAUCGGUCUCUUCUGUUCACUUGUAUUUUCCCGACAUCUCAGUGGUCUAUGGUCCUAAAUUCUCUCAUAAUCCUGGAGCAACUGACGAUGUUAUGUGUUUGAUGAUGUACUUGUCACAGAUUAGAAUUUAUGGUAACUGACCGCAAGCAUCAGUCCACUUUCCAGCAUCUGAGACAUUUCAGCAUUUUCCAUUUUUUAUUUGAAAAACUUAGACAACAUAAGGCAACAAAGGGUAAUGCAUUUAGUAAGCACACUUCUGUGUAAUGAUUUAAUAUGUAUGGAUUGUGUAUUUGUUUAGACUAUUUUUAAGACAGUGGAUUUCUAACCAAAGCCUAACUUUAAAUCACAGUAUAUGUUUUACAGUUCACCAUCAUAAGGGUAUUACAUUAUUGUCAAUUACUGAUAUGGUGGUAAACCAUUUGAUAAAUUAUUAUGAAAUGAGAAAGAAACCUAUCAUUAUAGGUUAAGUCCCAAUGAAACCGACCUAGAAGUCAAAACUAUGUUUGAGUCUGCAUUUGCCAAAUUCUGUUCUUGUGUACAAAUGAUACCUAAAUUUAGCAAUAAUUUGCUGAAAAAUAACAACAAACUGACAAAAAAAUCUAUUGUAAAAAUGAAGAGGUGAAAAAAACAAGUCUUACAUCUUGCCUUUCUGAAAUAUACCUGACAGUUCACAUUUUGAGACAGCAUAGAUCAAAGACAAAAUGAGAAAGCUGGUCAUAACAUUAGAUUUCUAUGUAGACAAAAAUAGAGUCACAGUAUGCUCAACCAAAAUCUCCCUUUUUAAGCUGUUGUUGCAAAUUCUAAAAAGUGCUAUUUAGAUCCUGAUUAAAAAGAUCUUAUGAUCAAAAGAAAUUGGAUGUGUAAUUGCAGUUUUGAACAAAAUGACCAUGACAUUUGUUUAUACCUUUCUCUCUUCACUGUCAAUGCAGUCUAAAUGUUGUAAUGUGCCAAUUAUAAAACAAGACUCUGAUGUCAAACUGCAUAAACACAUAGAUGGGACACCAAAUCAGUAGAAACUUUUUUAUUGCAGUACAUGGUUUUAUUUUUUUCUGUUUUUUCUAAUAGCCUUCCUUUGUGAAAUACCUGUGAAUGAUAAAACACAGAGAGAUGAAUUUGCAUUUUGUAUCUUUCCAGGCUGACUGUACAUAAAGGCAUGGGUUAUCACGGUCUUGUAUCUGGAGAACCUCUUAUUUUGUUUACAUAGAGAUAGCCCAAGAAGCUACAGUGUGGACAAAAUCUGCCCAUGUUUCAGAUAAUAAAUAUCAAGUUCUUGAG